AUGCAUCAGAUUAACUCCGUAGUCGUUUUAUUAGUUUCAUGUUCAUUUCUCUUAGCGAAUGGCCAGCUUAACUACUAUUAUUAUUAUUCAUCAUGUCCUAACUUACCCAUGAUUGUUCAAUAUGGUGUUUGGGCAGCUAUGAAAAACGACACCAGAAUAGCUGCGUCACUUCUUCGUCUGCAUUUCCAUGAUUGUUUUGUUAACGGUUGUGACGCUUCUAUUCUUCUGGAUGAUACCAAAACCUUCAAGGGAGAGCAGAAUGCAGGCCCAAACAGCAAUUCGGUUCGUGGAUUUGAAGUUAUUGACAAUAUUAAAGCUGAUGUGGAGAGGGCUUGCCCGUUAACUGUUUCUUGUGUGGACAUAUUGACUCUUGCAGCUAGAGAAGCCGUCGUUCUGUCAGGAGGGCCAAGCUGGCUUGUUGCACUUGGCAGGCGAGACGGGCUGACAGCAAAUCUGAAAGCAGCAAACACGAACCUGCCAACACCCUUUGAGCCUUUAGCAAACAUCACGGCUAAGUUUGCAGCAGUAGGGCUUGAUUUGAAGGAUGUCGUGGUUCUUUCUGGUGCACACACUAUCGGGUUGGCUCAAUGUUUCACAUUUAAACACAGACUGUAUAACUUCAAAGGAACGGGCCAACCUGACCCAAACCUUGACUCAUCUUUAGCCUCUAACUUGAAAGCCUCAUGUCCUAAUGUUGACAAAUCAAACACGAACCUUAAUUCACUAGACGUAGUGACUACAUACAAAUUUGACAAUGCAUAUUAUAAGAACUUGGUAAACAAUGCUGGAUUACUUGAAUCCGAUCAAACCUUGAUGAGUGAUCCACAAACUGCUUCUAUGGUCAAGUCUUAUAGCAUGGACCCGUAUCUUUUUAACAUGGAUUUUGCAGCAUCAAUGGUGAAGCUCGGUAAUAUAGGGGUGAUCACAGGGCAAGAUGGUGAAAUUAGGAAGAAAUGUGGUAAGGUGAAUCGUUAA